CGCACGCACCGUACGUCGUCGUGUGCGCCAUAUUUUCGUUCCGCGCGCUUUACGCCGUGCUCACACACUCACAGUGGUCGCAGUUAUGGCGAAUGUGUCUCGUUUUCGCGGCGAGUGAUCGGUGGUUUCGUCAGUCGAAGCGGCGGUCGAAGUUCCCAGUUGAGCGGAAUUUCAGCGUGCCGAGAGAGAGAGAGAGAGAGAGACCGUCGGACGGACCGUCGGCGUUGUCCGCGUCCGAGGGAGGGAGGAUACGCGCGCCGCGUCUCCCACGUCCGCGCGCGAGUCGUGUGACGGCGGAGGGCUUGAAAGGUUAUUGAUGGCGAAGUGCUGGUGCCCGCCGCGGGAACAGCGUACCCUGUAUCGCCGUUGAUCGUUGCCCCGGCUCGCUUCCCCGGGAAUAACCGGGUCCGCCGAGACGAUGUCGGGCAGGCACGAGUCGCCAAACAUGGCCGAGCGCUGCCGAUUAUGCCUGAUCGACCACGGCUGCAUGACCAGCUUGCAGGACGAGCGCUUGGAGACCCAGCUCAAGGACUUGACCAAGUGCACCUGCAUCGACAUCAAGUAUGAGGAGACUCUACCCGGGGUUGUAUGCCACGUAUGCUUGUACAAGCUGGAUAUGUGGAGCGAGUUCAAAGAACGGUUUAUACAGUCCAACAAGGUUCUCCUGGAGCAGCUGGAGAUAUCAGACGUAUCUGAUAGCACUAUUAAAGAUUCUUCCAAGGAUAAAAGUUGUACAACAAAGAAUGUGAAAAACAAACGUAAAGGCAAUGAGGAUGGCGUUUUGGAAAAGAAAAAAGCAAGGCUAGAUGUAGCUUCACCCGAAGGUCCGAAUAUUACCUGCGACACAGAUCAUGCAUUAGACACGAUAUACAUAUCGUCGGAUGAUAACGAUUCAGCUAAGGCGAAGGAUGGGAAGAGUGGCGAAGAGCAUGCAGAAGGUAAAAAGUAUUCAGGACCAAUAAGACCUAGACUGUUACCCGCGAGACGCGGCAGAAAUAUCGAGCGGCGGAGGGCGUUCACGAAGCGUUGGGUAGAGAGGAAGAAGGCGCUCUUGGCUGCGACGGGCGAUGUGUCCGAUACAGAUUCCAUAGCUUCCGACGACGUGCAAUUGUCGCCCGUGCAGAAGGCCCGUGCGAAGACCAAGAAUGCGGAUAAGGAGCUGGAGAGGCAGAGGAAAGUGGCGAAGGUGCUGAAAAGUCUCGAGACGAAUCUUACGGAGAAGUACAAAGUUCCGUUUCGUGACAAAGACACGGAUUCCGAGGCGCGUAGAACGAGAUUGAGUGCUUCCCAGCAGAAUAACAAAAAUUCACUGUUGAACCAAAGGAAUAAGGCAAACGUUGUCGAGAGAAAUUUCUCCUCUCUAGACAGCUCGAUGGAAAUAGAGAACUCAGCUUUGACGGAUAACGUUAUGCUAGACGACUCGAUAAAGUCCGAAACGCAGAGUAACGAAAAAUUUGUACCUCAAUCGCUGAAGUCCCAGGUAAUGAUCGGCGACACCACGUACGCUGUAACGUCAACGUUGAUUCUCGUGGACCCGUCAAACAAACAGGACUUCAAUAAGGACUUGAAUAAUUUAACGACGGAUUCCAAGAGCCUUAGCCCCGACGAGAGCAAUCGGGAGAAGAAUACCGACAUCAUCGACGCGGUUCAGCUGCGCAGAAUAAAACCGGUGGUGACUAAGGCAAACAGCAAGUCCAACAGUAAGCUCACUGAAAGAUUUUUGAAUAUCGAAGUAGAGGGUAACGAAUUGUCGGUCUUGAGACACGUGCAACAGGAAUUGGCGAAAUUCGUCGAGAAGGACAUGAAGCAGAAGUUACUCAGUUCGUGCAAUGACGUGCGAGCCAAUAAAUCUAACAAAAUGACGGAUAACGCCACCGUCCAGGACAAACUCGACCAGAAGUUGAAAGAUAUAAUAGAAGUAGCUAUAAAGAAAAACGUUGAGUUCUCUGUGAAAUUGGCCAACGCACGCGGCCCAAGCUCCACGAGGCUUUCGCCGACGUUGACGAAGUCUGCUAUGAAUUCGCCCAGAUAUCAGCCAAAGGUUAUGCUAAAACGUCUAGACAUAACGAAGGAGAGUAAGCAUUACAACAUUAAUAACGUUCAUGCGUUGUUGAAGUCGACAGGGGGCAAGCUCGCCAGACCAUUCAACGUGGUGACCAAACGUAAGAGCGUACCUCCGAUAAGAUACUGCGACUACAAUACGAUAUUGGACUCCGAUUCCGAUGUGUCCGACGCGAUAAUUCAGGAGACGCCCAAAGCGAUCAACUCAAAAAUAUCGAGAAAUACAGCGAGGAAACAGUUAACGAUUGCCAGCAAACCGGCGGAACAGAAGCAAGGUGUACAGAAGACUGAGGCUCACCAAGCGGCUAACAAGGCACCGGGUGUCAAAUCUGAGAAUCAUAUAUGCGGAGUAUGCGGCAUUACAUUUUACAACCGCGACGACGCCGAGGCGCACGUUCGCGGUCAUAAAGCGUCGGGCGCCUCCGUCGUGCAGGUCGUGCUGGAGAACUCGCCGCAAAAGACUGCGACUUCGCCGCAGAAGACUGCGGCCACGUCGCAAAAGAUUGCGAGCGCGCAGAAGGGUAAGCAGAAGAUGAUGCGCUGCAAGAGGUGUCACGAGAUAGUCGAGGCGCGUCUCGUGAAGACGCACGUGUGCAAAACGUCGCUUCACAAGUGCUACGUCUGCGACUCCAUGUUCCGCACGAAGAGUCUUCUGUCGAAGCACUUGGAGAGCCACGAUCAUACCGAGUUCAACGUGGCGAACGCGAUCGGGAACAAGAAGCUGAACAACGCUGACGCGCUGCUGAAGAUUCUGUCGGUCGCGUCCGCGUCGCCGAAGAAGGAGCAGGAGCAGGAAACUGAGACCGCGACGAAAACGCCGACUGCUGCAACCGAGAAGAAUGACAUCCAGUCCGACAAGAUAACCAGUACGGGCGUGAAGUUGGACGGCGCCGAGAAUAUCGCGAGAAAGCCCAAGGAAACGUACACUUGUUUCGUGUGCGACAAGAUCUUCACGGACGAGGAGAUACUGAAGGAUCACUUGCAGCAGCAUUGCGACGAUCUGAGCGAAGGGGAGCAAAACAGUAGCAAGGAGCAAUACCAGUGUGCUAUUUGCGGCAGUACACUGGAGUCGGAUCAAGCGUUAGAAGAGCACGUCGGCAAACACCUGUACGAUGACGAAGACGACAACCCUAAUCUGAUUAGCAUAGACCAAGGCAAGGAGAAUGAUAAUGAUAAGUCAAUCUCUCGGGAGUCCGAGACGUACCAGUGCGGCCAGUGCUCGGAGACAUUCGACUCGGAGAUGUUGCUGGAGAUGCACAUGCAUGCGCACGAGGAAGAAUUCGCGAUAGCGGAGUGGGAGAAGGAAGGCAUGAGGGUCUACCAUUAUCAGUGUAUGCUUUGCGACGAAUUAUUCAAUACAGAAGAGGAGUUGGCCGAACAUUUGGAUGUACAUAAUGCAAACGCGCAAGUAUGUCAAUUGUGUGACAAGCCGUUCCGCACGCUAGAGGAUCUACAAGAACACGUCGCGACUCAUUGACGUUUCAUGUGCGGACAUUAAUAGAUAUUACAAGACAUCUUUAAAAUAAUGGCUGCGUUUUCGUGGAGCGUAUUAUAUAGAAUUAUUGCAUCUAUCUUUAUCGUUCUUAGAACGUAAAACAAGAAUGACGCUCUGCGCUCCUCGAAUGCAGCUACUGUUUGUAAUAUUCUGUUAUAAUUACACUGAGUAACAAAAAAA